UGGUCACCUAGACAGUUGGUGCCAUCAUCUAGUGCGGCAUUAGUGAGACGGGAAGAUUGGAUUAACCCGAUUAGGCAUUAGUCGUUUGCUGGGAGAGCGUAAAUUGGAAUUUCAUAUCCAGAGGGAAUUCCCAUUUUUUUUUUUCUUUUACCAUUGAAACAUGAAGAUGAACUCGUCGUUGCGAGUUUCCCUCGUCCUGGGAAUGACGAUGAUUUUCCUCGGUGUGGCAAACGGCUGGGGUUCGAACCUCGGCCACGCUGCCCUCCUCGAACGAUUCUCAUGGAACAUCCUGGACUUUGCAUAUCCUGACGAGCUCAGCAGACAGCUCGCAAUAGCGAGGGGUGAAUACGUUCCCGAAAACGCCCUUCCCGUAGGUAUCGAGAUAUGGAGGAACAAGCUGUUCGUCACGGUGCCAAGGUGGAAAGACGGAAUCCCCGCGACACUGAACUACGUAUCUCUCGAUGCGAACUUGGGUGGAUCUCCAAAAUUAACGCCGUACCCGAACUGGGCACAAAAUGAAGCCGGCAAUUGCGGACAAGGUCUGACGACAGUUUACAGAAUCCACGCUGACAAAUGCGACAGACUUUGGGUCCUGGACACGGGAACCAUCGGGAUCGGAAACACGACGGUCCAGGCGUGUCCCUACACUCUGAACGUCUUCGAUCUGACGACCGACAAACUGAUUAGAGAGUACAAGCUUCGACCAGAGGAUACCAACCAGAACACGUUCAUCGCAAACAUCGCUGUGGACCUUGGAAAGGGUGGAUGCAACGACGCCUACGCGUACAUGUCGGACGAGCUGGGCUACGGUUUGAUAGUGUACUCAUGGAGCGAUCACAAGUCCUGGCGACUGACCCACAGCUACUUCAUGCCGGACCCGUUGACCGGGGACUUCAACAUCGGAGGUCUGAACUUCCAGUGGGGAGAAGAGGGCAUAUUCGGGAUGAGUCUCUCACCCCUGGGAGUCGACGGAUAUCGCACCUUGUUCUUCCACCCGCUUAGCAGCAACCGGGAAUUCGCUGUCUCGACGCGGAUCCUGAGGGACGAAAAGCUGGCCGAGGACAGUUACCACGAGUUCGAUGUCCUGCCGGAGCGAGGACCGCUCGGACACUGCACGGCGUCGGUGAUGGACGACACUGGACUCCAGUUCUACAACCUGAUCGACCGCAACGCCGUCGGUUGUUGGAACUCUCGUCUACCUUACACCCCGGCGAAUCAGGCGAUAGUCGCCAAGCACGACGAGGCGAUAAUUUUCCCGGCUGACGUCAAGGUUCACGAAGGCCUCUUGUGGUUCAUCUCUGACCGUAUGCCGAACUUCCUUAUCUCCAAGCUAAACUACCGAGACGUAAACUUCCGGAUCUUUACGGUAGGAGUGGAGGAAGCGAUCGCGGGAACGGUGUGCGAAGAUCCGUCACUCAAGUUCUCGGGGAACCAGAUAUGGUGGAGACGCUGAGUGUUUUUUAAAGUCUGCCGAGUAUCUCGAAACGAGACCUGAUCAAGAAGCUAGCUCAUUACUGACGAAUAACAAACGGACCGGACGCAGUUUUAAGACAGAGAGAAAAAAAAAAAUCUAAAUCCAUUCCCGGCGCAAUUAUAAUCUCAUCAUACCUCUCAUCUAUGUUCAUUUACGCUCUCAUUAGGUGAAAAACGGAAACGAAAGUUUCUCCGUCGUCGAUAAAAAUUUACCGAAAUUAUCGUAAGCCAUUCGUUUCACUGUUUCACUAUUGCCGGUUCAAAUCCGGUUGAGUAACGGCCAGUUUGCAUCGUGGACCCGUAUAUCAUGUCUAUAUCGAACCCACGCACUUAAGACCCGCGUGUUAUAACCACUUAUCGUUACGCAAUGGUCAUCGGCAGGCUUUAAGUUGAGCCUGGCUCCGAAUGUAGGAUCGUUCGACUUUGGUACUUAUGAUAACGAGGAUAACUUACCCACUAGUUUCACUUAUACAUCGCUAACGAUACGAUAUUUAUGUUGAUUAGAUAUAUAAGUGCAUGUAUAUGCGAGUGUAUAAUCGACCUCGUUACCUUCCUGUAUAUAAUGCUUCACCUUCAGAUUAAACGAAGCGUGUUUUCAUUUCCA